AUGAGUCAUAUUCUUGGCCUUGUUGUUCUCUUUCUUUCUCUGUCGCUUGCAUUAUUCGUUCACGCUGAUGAUGACGAAGAUGUUAGGAUUUACAUCGUUAGAGUCAAUAAUAGGAUGAAACCAUCUGUUUAUGCAGAGUCAUCAAAACUCGUUCAUGUUUACCAAACAGUUUUCCAUGGCUUCUCCGCUAAACUGAGCCCGCGGCAAGCCCAAGAGCUCGAGAAGCGGCCGUGGGUCAUUGCUGUUUUCCCCGACCGAGUUUACAAAUUACACACGACGCGGACGCCUUAUUUCCUAGACUUAUACUGGGAUCCUAACUUUAAGGUCGCUUCGCCUUUGUUGAAAAAAUCUGAUUAUGGCUCGAACGCCAUCAUCGGAUUCCUCGACAGCGGUAUCAAGCUGGACCCGUCACAUGAUAAUAAAUGCCAGCUCGACGGCAAUCUGGCAGCUCCAGCGGUAGCUUCUUUCUCCUCCAGAGGCCCUAGCAGCAUUUCACAGUUUGUUAAUAAGCCCGACGUGCUGGCGCCAGGUGUCAACAUCUUCGCAGCAUGGGCAGAGGGCUUCGAGUUCAAACUGCUCUCCGGCACAUCCAUGGCAUGCGCGCACGUGUCAGGGCUGACUGCUCUCUUGAAGGCAGUCUACCCCGAGUGGUCUCCAGCCAUGAUCCGCUCAGCCAUCAUGACCACGGCUAAUACCACAGCCAAUGACGGCACUCAAUAA